UUAUCUUAAUACAUCCAUGGUUUACACGCCCAUGUGAAGUUCUGCAAGUGCUGUUAUCAACCACAAGUAUUACAUCAAGAGGCAGGAACCGUACACACAUCUCUGCACGUACAACUUCACUGGAUGCAGCGUCUAAGUGUGUGUAAAGUGUGACAAAGUAUGGCAAUCAACGCUUUUUAUUCGCAUAGAGACCCUAUGCUGAAGAAGAGAGAUGACUUUGAGGACAUUUUGGAGGAGAGGAGGAACUCCAGCGACCUGAAAUACGCCCUCAGAUGUUACACUCCGGUUCUUUACAAAGGUGUGACGCCCUGUACAUCCAGCAUGCUGAAGAGCAUGGUGCUUCAGUCUGAUCAGCUACAUUACGUCAUCAAUCAGGUUUCCAAAGAGACGGGCAAGGCGACUGAUGACAUCAAGGAGGAGGCGUCGGCCAUCUUGGAGGAGAUGGCUCAAUGUCUGCAGCUCAGCACGGUUCGCUUCUUUGCCUUCACACUCAGCAAAGCCUUUAAAACCUUGUUCAGGAGCAUCUGUGUCAACGAAGACGGCAUCCAGAGGCUCCAACAGGCCAUUCAGGAGCACCCGGUAGUCCUGUUACCCAGUCACCGUAGUUACAUGGACUUCCUGCUGAUGUCAUACAUCCUGUACACCUACGACGUGGCUCUGCCUGUCAUUGCUGCCGGCAUGGACUUUAUGGGGAUGAAAUUUGUUGGAGAGAUGCUGCGGAUGUCUGGAGCAUUCUUCAUUCGAAGGUCUUUUGGUGGGGACAAGCUGUACUGGGCUCUCUUCUCAGAGUACGUCAAGACCAUGCUCAAGAAUGGAUUUGCACCAGUUGAAUUUUUCCUAGAGGGGACCAGAAGCCGAACGUCCAAGUCUUUGACUCCAAAGUUGGGUUUGUUGAAUAUAGUCAUGGAUCCGUUCCUUAAAGGGGAGGUGUUUGAUGUUAAUGUGGUCCCAGUCAGCAUCAGCUAUGAGAGGGUCUUGGAGGAGACACUUUAUGCCAGAGAGCUGCUGGGUAUUCCCAAACCCAAAGAAUCCACUUCAGGUCUGUUCAAAGCCAGAAAGAUCCUCAGUGAAGACUACGGCAGUAUCCAUGUGUACUUUGGUCAACCUGUGUCUGUCAGAAGUUUAGCCCAGGGCAAAGUUAACCGCUGCCAGUUCAACCUGGUACCAAGACACAUACCCAGGAGGCCCAGCGAGGACAUCGCCAGCUUCGUGAAUGACUCGGCCUACAGGCUGGUGCGGGCCCAGGAGGAGAACAUGGUCCUGAAGCCGUGGGUCCUCGUGGCCUCCCUGCUGCUCCAGUACCACCACCAAAACCAGGCGGCGGGGCAGAAACGGGGGAUAGCACUGGGCGAGCUGACUGCACAAGCUGUGUGGCUCAGGGACCUUUCCCGGCAGUACGGAGCCUUCCUCCACUGGCCCGACCACAUUCCUCCAUCAGAGGUAGUUUCCUCUAGUCUUACCCUGCAUCGAGGCCUAGUGAGGAUUUGUGAGGAUAAAGUCCAGCUGGCAGUGGAACAAGCAAGAGGACCAGCGGGGCCAGGGCCCCACAGCUCCGUCGCUCCAGAAGAGGAGCUCUUGAGCCAGGCAGUCAUCCUACUCUCCUGCGCCUCCUACAGGAACCAGGCGCUGCACGUCUUUGUCCGCCCAGCUCUGCUGGCCUUAGCCAUCCACACCGCCUCCUCCAACCAGAAACAGGAGGUCUUCAACAGUUUCAGCUUCUUAAGAAACAUGUUCUCCAAUGAGUUCAUCCUCUGUCCUGGAGCUACAGUGCAGGACUUCGAGGAGGCCUGUUACCUGCUGGUGAAGACCGGAGCUCUGCAGUUUACCCAGCAGGAGGUUCUGGUAACUGAAAGAGGACACAGGACACUGGCCUUCCUCUCCACUAUGUUGGAUCCCUUCUUACAAGGAUACCAGGUGGUGUGCCGGUUCCUGUGUGAAGAGGCCACUGAGACUCUGACAGAAAAACAGUUUAUUCCCGCAGUCCGGAAGUUCAUCAAAAAACUUCUUCUAGCAGGUAGACUAAGAUACAUGGAGGUGUUGUCAUCUGACCUCCAGAAGAACUCCCUGGCAGCUUUGCUAAGACUUGGAGCUGUACGGAAAAUGAAAGGAGUGGAGCAGGAGAUGUUAAAGGUUAACAAGGUGAUGGUGAACUCUUUGGAAGACACUUUAGGAGGAAAACUCCCCACUCAGAAAGCGGCCGUCGCUCGCCUCUAAUGCACCGACCUCAUGAGCCAAACACGGACUGGGGAGGGUCGAAAUCUUCUACCUGAUGCAACGACGUCUCCGCUCUUCUCGGUCGGCUCAUCCAAAGGCUUUCUAUGAGAGAUGGAACUAAACAAAAGACUUGCCAUCUGGUGACAGCUCAAUUUAUUUUCGUUUUCUUUAAUUUCACUAUCUUCUCUUCACGUCUCUUUUCAAUAAGUCUUUUUUCUCUCUCUCUCUCUCUCUCUCUCUCUCUCUCUCUCUCUCUCUCUCUCUCUCUCUCCGAUCUUUCUAUUAAGAACCUUUUAUAUAUGUUCAUAAAGCCAGAUGAUGAGUAAGGCCUUCAAAGCUCUUUGCCUCAUUCUGAAACACUGACCUUUUGCUAUGAGCAGCCUUGUGAAAGCUUCUGAAUGUGCCAACUCCACUCAGCAUAGUGGCCAUUCUCCAUUAAUGCAUUUGAUGUGUGUUCUCUAACACUCCGCGUGGCAUGUCUUUCUGUUACUCUCAGUCUGCUUUUUCAUUCUCUCGUCUUUUUAUUUAUAAGCUGCUAAUAUUGUGCUAAUAUUUUUUUUUGGAGCACUUUAAUGAAUUUAUUCAUUGUGGUAUUCAAUGUGGUGUGGACCCAUAUCUUAACACUCUUUUAACAUACUGUUUUCUCUUUGUUAUUGCUUUUUUCGUGAAACAAAAGUUACUGAAAUUGGUGAAUAAGAAGAUUUGGGUGGUUACAUAUUUUAGCUUUUGGUAAAAAUUGUGUGCAUUUUUUUUUGCACUGUUUGAACGAAAGAGUUUUUUAUAUUUAAGUUGAACUUGCUACAGACCCAAGGGCUAUUUCAACAACAGCUUAUACCCGGUGUCAUUGUUGGAUUUAAAACCACCCUCAGGCCUUUUGCCAACACUCCGAGCUUCAUUCAUCUUUGUUUACACAGUGGAGAUAAUGCUACAAGUCUAAUCUUAGUUGCCAAUACAAUUGCCGUUAGUUAUACUGAAGCACUGCCAGCUACACCAAAGGAAAAAGUUUGAAGUUUUCGUUCACUGUUGGAGAUCAUUUACAUAUUUUCUCAUGUUUUCCAGUCUAGCAUAGUUAGUGAAGAUGCUUUAUAGUUACUGAUUUAAAUUUAGAGAAUAUAUUAAAGUGUAUCUACAUUUGCAGAGAAUUUUUUUUGUUACAAGGGAAUAGAAAGAAAAAGCCAAAUAAAGGAAAAUGGGAGCUGUAACACAGAAACUCAGAGGAGCAGAGGAUUAACAGUCACGUCACGUAAGGAGCUUUAAAAUAUCAGACCAACAGGUGAGAUAGAUAGAUA